UAUAAUCUCGAGAAAUGCUUGGACCAAAGCUGGCAGUCACCAACAUGGCUGGUCCCGCGGAUCGUGAGAAGGACCAGUGUCCUGAGAGCACGAUCCUUGCAAUGGACGACCCCAGCAAGCCCUCGCAGGAAUAUGCCCCCGCAGAAUGUUGGCCGAUGGCGAGGAAGGUCUGGGUGACAUUCGUUAUAUGUUUCUACACAUUUGUAGUGUACUGUGGAUCCUCUAUUGUUGUCCCAUCAUAUGGAUACAUGAUGCUCCAGUAUCGCAUCUCGGAAGAGAAGGUGUCCCUGAUGUUGGCGAUAUACAUUGUGGGAUAUGCCGUGGGACCCCUGGUGUUUGGUCCAGUAAGCGAGAUUGCAGAAAUCGGACGCAACCCUCCAUACAUCAUAUCAUUCACACUGUUCGUCAUCAUCUCUAGCCUUAUCUGGGUGCUGGAUAGCUUCCCCGCAAUUCUUGUAUUCCGCUUCCUCCAAGGAUUCUUUGGGAGUCCAGGCCUCACUACUGGUGGCGCCACAUUGCAAGAUAUGUUUGGUGCAAGAAGUGCCCCAAUCGCAUACAUAUUCUGGGUGUUGGGCUUUAACUGCGGUCCUGCCCUGGGCCCCUUGAUUGCCACGUUCGCUGUCCACGAAGAUUGGCGCUGGCCAUUCUGGGAAAUCAUCGCCAUGUCAGCACCAUUGCUUCUGGUCCUCCUGUUCCUCCUUCCGGAAACCAACCCCGAGACGCUCUCCAUACACGGUGCACGGCGAGCAAGUGGCUCUCACAGGUUGCUGCGAGGGCCCAAAGCAUUCCUCAUGCAAGUGACAGCAAUGAGAGCUCUGCCAACCCAGAUGGUGAAAGACCGGUUCCUCGAUGCCCUCGUCAAGCCACCGGAAAUCACCCUCAAAGACCCUGCCAUGGCCUUCUGCUCCCUCUACACCUCCCUCAUCUAUGCCAUCUAUUACUCGUUCUUCGAGGCCUUCCCGCUCACCUAUCCCAAUGUCUACGGGUUCUCUGCCGACUCCACGUGUCUGCUGUACGCCAGCAUGUUGGUCGGAUGCGUGAUCGCCGCAGCCAUGUACGGAUACUACUAUACUCGAUACACCUGGCACACGGGACUGGACAGCUCCAACCUCGAGCUCCGGCUGAUCCCCGCGAUCCCCGCCACCGUGCUGGUAACCGUGGGUCUCUUCCUGUACGCGUGGACCUCCCGGGCGUCCGUCCACUGGAUUGUCCCCACGAUCGGCGUUUCAAUCUACUCUGGGGCCACGUUUGUGGUAUUCCAGGCGCUGCUUUGCUACAUCCCCCUCGUCUACCCGCGUUACGUCUCCUCGCUGUUCGCGGCCGCGGACUUUGCUCGCUCGACCCUGGCGGCGGGGUUUGUGAUGUUCUCCCGGCCCAUGUACCUGAGCAUUGGGAUCCAGAAAGCAGUCUCGAUCCUCGCCGGCCUGUCCGUUCUGGGGAUCCUGGGGGUGUUGGUUCUUUUCUUCUAUGGCGCCAAUCUGCGGGCUCGCAGUACGUUUACGGCUUGAAUGUUUGUUUCGGUAGGGGUUUAGAUUGUAAUUGGGGAGAUGGUCACUCGUGUAUUGACAGGGAGAGUAUCUUGGAGGGAGAAUGGGGAAUGAUGGGAUGAUGCCAUGUUGUUGAUAGAUGAGCUCCGAUCCAUGGAAAGGAGAGUACUGUUUUGUUUCUCCUGCAGUAACGAGUCUUGGAGUCAGUCAUGGGUGACUGGGGCCUUUCUCCAGGUCACCCGCCCCUUGCGUCGUGUCUAGAUAAAUUCGUUCGUUGUCACACUCCU